AUGUUGGAAGAUACUAUUAUGGAAGAAAGAGAGGAACUUAUGUUAUCACUAAAACCCUCUAAAACCCAUGAUCCGACCCGGAAACUUGGCCUAUUUUUAAAACCCACUUCUACUUUGACAAAUCAUGGAAAACCCUUUGACCCAACUCAUUGCUGUGAAGAAAAAAUGUGUUCUUUAAGGGUUUUAUUCAAAGGGUGGAGAACGCAACAAAAGGGUUGGAAAGAUUGGGUUGAUGGUAUGCAUUCCUUACAUAAGUCCACAUGGAAAAAAGCCGGAAUUUACGAAGCCGUCCUGAAUUCGUGUUACGAGAUUAAGAAAGAUGAUAACUUGAUUCUUGGGUUUGUUCAGAAAUGGUGUGAUGAGACUAAAAGUUUUGUGUUUAGCUGGGGAGAAGUUACAGUUACAUUGGAAGAUAUGAUGGUUAUUGGUGGUUAUUCUGUUUUGGGUGACUCUGUGGAUUGCGCUAUCGUAAAUGAGGAUAUGGAGAGGGUUUUAGAGAAACUGAUGGAAGUAAGGACUGAGUUAACAAGAUCUAGUGCAAAUAAAGCUGAUCAGACUCAAUGGAUGAAGAAAUUUAAAGAUAGUGGAAGCGAUAUCGAACAUGAAGCAUUUCUUGUAUUGUGGUUAUGCAGGUUUGUUUUCCCUUCUUCGUCUGCCGUAGUUAUGAAAGAUGUUCUUACCAUUGGUAUUCAUUUAGCUCGAGGGGUCAAACUUGCUCUUGCACCUGCUGUUCUUGCUAGCAUUUAUAGAGAUUUAAGCUUGUUAAAAACUAAAAUGGUUGGUUUUAAAGAUGAUGAUCACAAUGAUAAGACCGUGACUGCUGUUUGGGCUCCUUUUCAACUUGUUCAAGUUUGGAUUUGGGAGAGAUUCUGUAAACUUAGGCCUAAUCCUGGUCAUAGUUGCAGUCCAAGAUUUGCUAAAUGGGGCAACAAGUUGCCUGUAAAGGAUGUUAGUUCAUUUGUUGGUUCUGCAUUGGAAGAGUUUUGUUGGCAGCCUUAUGGUGAAGAUUUAAAUGAUCAUUCGCUGUUGUCUAAGUUGUAUCAAGAUGUGGGAAGGUGGGUCGUCCUUGAUGUUUGUUUAGAUGAAGGAUUGGAGUCAUGGGCUCGUUGUUCGAGAGUUUCUGAGUUAGUUGGGAUAGAUGGGAACUGCAUAGAACAAUAUUUACCCCAUAGAGUUGCAAUGCAAUUUGGGAUGAACCAAGAUGUUCCUGGUGAUGUGGCCCGAACCAAUGAAACUUCUGAAGUCGCCUGGAAUUUUUACUCUCGGCCAGUUACAGAUGCUAAGUUGUAUAUUCCAUCAAGAGUCUCUGAACCUCAUGUUACUGCUAGAUACUUGGAGUGGAGCAAUAAGUCAACUGGCUCAUGUUCUCAGCUGUGUGACGACGAAGGUAAAAACUUAGUGAAAAAUGAAUUAAGAACAGAAGGAUCUGAAGAUGCUAUGGGUAAUAACGAUGCUGGUGGUGGUAGUGGUGAUGACGAGAUUAAUGCAUUAGGAUUAAAACUUGAAGCCAGAAUUGGUAAACUUGAGGAAGUAUUUCAAUAUCUCAAAGCUAAAAAACAGAAGGUGAUAUAA